AUGUCCAAGACUGUCACCACAGUCGAUUUGUCAAACACCGCGAGCGCCUACUAUGCCCCGGCGACUGUCGCACCAGCAGGCAAGCUUAUUCAUGUCGCCGGCCAACCAGGAAGUCUGAAGGAUGGAUCUAUUCCGAGCGACUAUGAGUCUCAGAUUCAUUUGGCUCUGCUCAACCUGCGAAAGAUCAUCGUUGCCGCAGGAUCCUCUAUCGAGAACAUUGUCAAGCUGAAUCUUUACAUUGUGGACUAUGAUGCCGCGAACCGAAAGCAUACACGCCAUAUUCAGCGCUUUUUAGGAGGUCAUAGACCGGCAAUUACCCUGAUUCCAGUGCCACAGCUUGCGGUACCUUCGUGGCUCUUUGAAAUCGAUGCUGUGAUUGCGCUCCCAGAACCCUCCCUCCCUCCCGUACUGUCCAAUGUGAACCAGGCCGUGGACGUUGUCAUCAUUGGUGCCGGUCUGGCCGGUCUGACCGCCGCCCAUGAUAUUCUGCGCAGCGGCCUGUCCUGCGUUAUUCUCGAGGCGCGCGACCGUGUUGGUGGCAAGACGUGGAGUGCACCGCUCAAUGGCGGCGGAACUAUUGACCUUGGAGCUGCCUGGAUCAACGAUACAAAUCAGAGCAAAGUGUACGCCCUUGCAAAGCGGUACGGGGUAGAGGUCAUCGAGCAGAAUACACAGGGAAACGCUGUUUUGGAAGAUUUUGAUGGCAAAUGUACACCAUUUGUCUAUGGAGAACUUCCAAACUUCGAUGAGACCACACGGCAACAUCUGGCGCAAAUUCGUGACAUGUGUGAAGCUGAUUGUCAGGCCCUUGAUACAUGGAGACCGGAUGACAAGUCUCUCGAUUCCCUCACCUUUGAGGCCUACUUGCGAUCUCGGGGUGCCAGCGAAGUAGCGCUUGCAACCGCCAUGGUCUGGACUCGGGCAAUGCUGGGCCAGGACCCCCGCGACAUCUCCGCUCUUUACUUCUUGAACUACUGCAAAUCGGGAGGAGGUCUGUUGCAGAUGAGAUCUGACCGCAAGCAUGGAGGUCAAUACCUCCGUAUUCGCCAAGGUACCCAGGCCUUUUCCCUCGGGUUGGCUUCUUCACUCCCCCAGGACAUAGUGAAGCUGUCCGCCCCUGUGCAUUCAGUAGUGCAGAGCGGCAACCAGUCAAUCAAGGUGCAGGCAGGCGGUACAGUAUAUGCCGCCCGCAAGGUCAUCACCACUGUUCCUAGCCCUGCUUUGAAGAAUAUUGCCUUCCACCCCAAAUUGCCACCAGCGAAGCAGGUUUGGGCCGAGUCAACCACAUAUGGAUACUAUACCAAGGCCAUGAUGGAGUUCCGCUCUCCGUUCUGGGAAAAGAAGGGCUUCUGCGGUCUUGCGCAGUCAUUCAUUGGCCCUGCUAGCGUGGUCCGCGAGAGCUGUAGCCCCGAGGAUCGGAAGUAUGUCCUGACCUGCUUCAUGUCUGGCGACCCCGGACGGGAAUGGGCGGCACUCUCCACCCCUGAGCGCGAGCGCAGCCUUCUAGUGCAACUGGAGAAGCUUUUCGCAACAAGUGAUCUGCAGCGGGAGUUUGUGCAAAUGACAACCUACGAGUGGGUACAUGAUGAGUGGGCUGGCUUGGGCUGUCCCUGCACAGCACUGACUCCCGGCGUGAUCGCUAACCUUGGUGGUGAUGCUCUGCGUGAAAGCUGUGGAAACUUGCACUUUGCUGGCACGGAGACUGCGGGUGAGUGGAAGGGUUACAUGGAGGGUGCUAUUCGGAGUGGUGAGAGGGCUGCCGCUGAGGUUGUCAAGGGCUUGCAAGCUGGUAUUACUGCACGUCUGUAA